GAUAUUGAUCUUACCAUGAGUUAUCACUACAGGUUGGUUGGAGGCAGCUUGGCAAUCAAUAACCCACAUAAAAAACAGGAUAUUGGAACAUACCAGUGUUUGGCCACAAAUUCAUUUGGAACAAUUCUGAGCAGGAAGGCAAAGCUUCAAUUUGCAUACCUUGAAAAUUUUGAAACCAAAACAAGAAGCACGGUGUCAGUCAGAGAAGGACAAGGAGUGGUUCUGCUUUGUGGUCCUCCACCUCAUCAUGGAGGUUUGUCCUAUGCAUGGAUCUUCAACAAUAAUACUUUAUAUGUUCAGGAAGAUAGCCGUCGCUUUGUUUCACAAGAAACAGGAAAUCUGUACAUUGCCAAAGUAGAGCCAUCUGAUGUGGGCAACUAUACUUGUGUUGUAACUAACGCUAAAGCUGAACAAAGUGUACAGGGGCCACCUACUCCUCUCAUUCUCCGCAGUGAUGGUGUGAUGGGGGAGUAUGAACCAAAGAUUGAAGUACGUUUUCCAGAAACAACAUAUGCAGCGAAGGGCUCAUCUGUUAAACUGGAAUGCUUUGCCCUUGGAAAUCCAGUCCCUAGUAUUAGUUGGAAGAGGUCUGAUGGAAACUCAUUGACGAGGAAAAUCAAACAAGACAAAACCAAAGGAGUACUUGAAAUCCCAGAUGUUCAGCAAGAAGAUGAAGGCUCUUAUGAGUGUAUCGCAGGAAACAUUCGAGGGAGAAACACUGCAAGAGGUCAAUUAUUUGUCUAUGCACUCCCUGAAUGGGAUAAAAAAAUCCAAAAUGCCUUUCUGUCUAUCUAUGACAACUUAUUCUGGGAAUGUAAGGCCAAAGGAAAACCAAGUCCUUCUUACAGCUGGUUAAAAAAUGGCCAGCCUCUCAUGUCAGAGGAGAGAAUUCAAAUAGAAAAUGGAACUCUUAUCAUAACUAUGCUGAAUAUGGCAGACUCUGGCCUCUAUCAGUGUGUUGCAGAAAACAAAUAUGAUACUAUUUAUGCCAAUGCUGAGUUACGGGUGAUAGCUGCAGCCCCUGAUUUUUCCCAAAAUCCUGUGAAAAAAGUGUCUGUUGUUCAAGUCGGAGGUGAAGUUACAAUUGGAUGUAAACCAAGCGCUUCUCCCAGAGCAGUUAUUAAGUGGAAAAAGGGCUCAGAGGUUUUGCACCAGAACAAAAGGGUCUCCUUUCUAGAAGAUGGCAGUCUUAAGCUCUACAACAUUACCAAAUCAGACGCAGGAGUGUACACUUGUACAGCAACAAAUCAAUUUGGAGUUGCCAGAAACUCAGGGAACCUGGUUGUGAAAGAAAGGACUGUAAUUACUAUUCCACCUUCUAAUAUGGAUGUUACAGUUGGAGAAAGCAUAGUCCUUCCCUGCCAGGCGUCUCAUGACCCCUCUGUUGAUGUGGUGUUCACAUGGUCCUUCAAUGGCAAUAUACUUGAUUUUAAAAGAGGAAUACGUCAUUUUGAAAGAAUUGGAGAAGCAUCUGUUGGAGAUUUGAUGAUAAGAAAUAUUCAGCUGCAUCAUUCUGGGAAGUAUGUAUGCACAGUACAAACAACUAUAGACAGUCAAUCUGCAACAGGGGAUAUAAUUGUAAGAGGCCCCCCAGGUCCACCAGAAGAUGUUAAAGUUGAACAAAUUUCUAGUACUACUGCUCUGUUAUCAUGGAAAUCGGGAAUAGAUAAUAAUAGUCCAGUCCAGAUCUACAAUAUUCAGACAAGGACUCCUUUCUCAGUUGGAUGGCAGGCAGUUUCAACAGUUCCUGAAGUCCUUAAUGGUAGGACUCACACAGCAACAGUGGUUGACUUAAGCCCUUGGGUCGAGUAUGAAUUUCGUGUGGUGGCCAGCAAUAGUGUUGGAAUUGGGGAGCCAAGUAGAUCAUCAGCACUAUUGAAAACUAAAGCAGCAAUUCCUACAGUGGCACCAACAAAUGUAAGCGGAGGAGGAGGAAGUCAUUCGGAGCUUGUCAUCACGUGGGAGCCAGUUCCUGAAGAACUGCAAAGUGGGGAAGGCUUCGGCUAUAUCAUCAUGUUUCGACUUCUUGGCUCAGCAACAUGGAUAAAGGCAGUGGUGGCUUCAGUAGAAGCAAGCAAAUACAUCUACAGAAAUGAAAGCAUCACACCUCUCUCUCCUUUUGAAGUGAAAGUGGGUGUCUACAACAAUGAAGGAGAAGGGACCCUGAGCUCUGUAUCCAUUGUCUACUCAGGAGAAGAUGAGCCACAGAUAGCACCAGCAGGGACUUUGGCACAGAGUAUUUCAGCAGCAGAAGUGGAAGUAUCCUGGAAGGCCAUUGCGUGGAACAGGCACACUGGAAGGGUGCUGGGCUAUGAGGUUUUAUAUUGGACAGAUGAUCCCAAGGAAAGCACAGUUGGUAAAGUCAGAGUCAAGGGAAAUGUAACAGCAAAAAACAUCACAGGACUAAAAGCUAACACAGUCUAUUUUGUAACAGUUCGGGCCUACAACACUGCAGGGACAGGACCCUCUAGCACCCCAGUAAAUGUCACUACGAAGAAGUCACCACCAAGUCAACCACCAGCAAACAUCGCAUGGAAACUGACAAAUUCAAGAAUCUGCUUGAACUGGGAACAUGUAAAAACAAUGGAGAAUGAAUCAGAAGUGUUAGGCUACAAAAUUUUGUACAGAAAAAACAGACAAAGCAAAACUCAUGUACUGGAGACAAACAACACUUCAGCUGAACUUCUGGUACCAUUUGAAGAGGAUUAUCUCAUAGAAAUAAGAACAGUCAGUGACAGUGGGGAUGGCAGCAGUAGUGAGGAAAUUAGAAUUCCAAAAAUAUCAAGUUUACGCUCUGGAGGAAUAAAGUCUUCCCAGCUGGUAAAUCAUAUAUUGACAUCCGAGAUUCUGCUACUGAGCUUUGUUCUUACACUCUCCUUUCCUGAGGGUUAAAAGAAUGUUCAGCC